CUACGAUUGACCAGCAGGAUUAGGCUCCCUGCGCCAGCAAGAUGAGCAAGCUCCAGAGCGACGUGUUGCGUGAGGCGAUCACCGGCAUCAAGAACGAUGCCGCUGAGAAGCAGCGCAAGUUCACGGAGACCAUUGAGUUGCAGAUUGGUCUCAAGAACUAUGACCCCCAGAAGGACAAGCGGUUCAGCGGCUCCGUGAAGCUGCCCCACAUCCCGCGGCCCAAGCUGCGCGUCUGCAUGCUCGGUGAUGCCCAGCACAUUGAGGAGUCCAACGCGAUUGGGCUGGACAGCAUGAGCGUGGAGGACCUGAAGAAGCUGAACAAGAACAAGAAGCUCGUCAAGAAGCUGGCCAAGAAGUACCACCAGUUCGUGGCCUCUGAGGCCAUCAUCAAGCAGAUCCCACGUCUCCUUGGGCCCGGUCUCAACAAGGCCGGAAAGUUCCCCACCCUCGUUACGCACCACGAGAACCUUGAGGGCAAGGUGAACGAGAUCAAGGCGAGCGUCAAGUUCCAGCUGAAGAAGGUGCUGUGCCUGGGCGUGGCGGUGGGCAACGUGAGCAUGGAGGACAAGGAGUGCUUCUCCAACAUCCAGCUCAGCGUCAACUUCCUCAUCUCGCUCCUCAAGAAGAACUGGCAGAACGUCAAGUCGCUGCACCUCAAGAGCACGAUGGGGCGGCCGUACCGCAUUUACUAAGCGCACCUGUGAGCGAAGCGCCCAGAGGCCCGCCACCUCUGGGCAACCCAACGUUGCAAACGCAACGCCACCAAGGCCCCCCCCAAAAGGGGGUCGAUGGAAGCUCACACGGAGCGCUUGUGUAAUCUGCUGGACAAGAAGCCUAAUUGAGUUUUCCAUCUGGUAUUCCGUUCGUCACUGUCCAACCUCGUCAUUGUGGCAAUCCGGCGUUUGCCAUGGCAUGCUUCUGAUGCAAGU